AUGGUCAAUGGAGGAGGGCCUGAGACCUUAGUCCAGACCAAGACGCCUCACAGAAAGCAGCUACUGGUCUCCAACAGCCAGACCGGGCUGAGUGGGCAUUUGGCCUUCUCCUGCUUGACUCCUUGGCCUGUCCUUGCAGAGCAUCAGCUGCGUCGGGUGGAGCGUCUGCUGCUGGUGACCGACGAGCAGGGUGCCAUCCUGGGCUUCGACUUCCAGCUGUCGGGGGCUCCAGAGGCAGCUGGACAGGGCUCUCCCGCCGGACCUCGCCCAGGCCCUUGGUCCCUGGAGCUGCGAGCCUUCACACUCCUCUGCCAGAGCAUGUCCUGCCCACUGGGCGCUGGGGAGCCACGCCGUCCAAAGCUCCUGGCCGUUGGGGACGCCGCCUUGCACAAGACCCUAGAGCCGCUGGUCGCCCGACUGGGGAUCAGGAUGAGCCGGACCCCGAUGCGCGGCUGGGGACCCAAGCCCUCCUUCUCCUUCCCCACAACACGCGUCCGCGCCUGCCAUGUCUGCAAGCGGCACAGCUUCGAGGGGCCUCUCACCCCCUGCCAGCACUGCAAGGCCGUCCUCUAUUGUUCAGAGCGGUGCCGGAAGCUGGACUGGAUGCGGAGCCCCGAGGAUAUUGGCCACCAGUUCUGGUGCCAGCGAAUGGCCGGCUACAUGGCCCACGCCCGGGACCUGGCUAGCCUCCCCUUCACUUUUGCCGCAGAGGCAACGAGUGAGACCUUCAACAAGGAGGCCUUCCUGGUGACCCGGGGACUGACCCGCGGCUACUGGGCUGGAGAGAGCAUGCUGGUCCGGGCGCCCGACUAUGGCCUCGGCCUCCAGGGGGGACCCCAGCGGACACCCCCAUUCCCCAAGAGCGGGAACCCCUUUGAGGCUCUGCGGCCAGAAGGAGGAACUGCACUGCCCCCGGCCCCCCCCAGAGCCCCCCACCCCUCGGACCUUCUUCACCCCCCUCCCUGCUGUCUGAACCCCAAUUCUCCAUCUCCUCCCCCUCCCCACAUCCCUCUGACAGGCUCAUGGAAGGAGUACUACCAGUGGCGGGGGCUGCCCCUUGGAGCCCCUCUGGCGGUCAUUCUCAGCUACCCGCUGACCAUGUACUACAUCAUCACCCAGCUGGCCCCACAGCACUUUCCGGAGCUGAACAUCCUGAACAAACAAUCCCUCAAGAUCCAUGUGGUGGAAACUGGCAAGGAAUUUGGGGUGCUGAUGGCCUUCUGGGAGCUGUCGGUGUUGCUGCCCCACGUCUCCCUGGAGCUUCUCUUUGUGGGGGACACUUUGCCCCCCGAGUUGGACGGCCAGCAGUUCCUUUUGCAGAGAGAUGAAGAACAAGGGGUCUCUGUCCAGCCUGGGCUGACCCCCAGGUCCAAAGGGGGCCGCCGUGAGCUGCAGUUGGGGUUCAGCGCUCGCCCCUAUCACCUCCUGCAAGCCCCCAAACCAGACCUGGUCAUCGGGUUCAACUCUGGAUUUGCCCUCAAGGAGACUUGGCUGAGUUCUCUC